UAACACUCAGCAAUGUUGGUGUAAAAGUUAAGGUUUCAUAGUUCACUCUGUAGCUGCACUGUCUUAAAUAUGUCUCUGCUGAUCAAAGUUAUUGUUGCUUUUAUUGGAAUACUAGUGGCAUUUUAUUUUUAUUCCGGAGACGAUGGAUUUGAUCCUGCAAUGCUAAAGGGGAAGAGGGUGAUAGUUACAGGGGCCAGUUCUGGCAUUGGAGAGCAGAUGGCAUACCAUUUGGCACAGAUGGGAUCUCAUGUCUUGAUUACUGCCCGAACAGAAGAGAAGCUGAAAAAGGUGGUUGAAAAAUGUAAACAGUUGGGUGCAGCUUCUGCAUAUUACAUUCCUGGAAGCAUGGACAACAUGACUUUCGCCAAGCAAGUUGUCCAGGAAGCAGAACGUUUAUUUGAUGGACUGGACAUGCUAAUCCUCAACCAUAUUGGAUACACAUACUUUAAUUACUUUGACGGAGAUGUGGACCAUGUACGCGAUUUAUUGGAAAUUAAUGUGCUAAGUUAUGCAACCAUGACGGUGGCAGCUCUCCCAAUGUUGAAAAAGAGCAACGGGAAUGUGGUGGUUGUCUCAUCUUUUGCUGGUAAAGUUGGCUUGCCACUUACUGUUCCAUAUUCUACCACCAAGUUUGCCCUAGAUGGCUUUUUCAGCUCAUUACGCAUGGAAUUUAAGCAGCAGAAAACCAACGUGUCGGUCACACUAUGCGUCUUAAGUUAUAUAGACACAGAUUCAGCUAUAAAUACUGUGUCAAAGGUGAUCCAGCAGCCAGCUGCUCCAAAGGAAGAGUGUGCCUUGGAAAUCAUUAAAGGAGGUACCCUGCGAAAAAGGGAGGUCUACUAUAAGUAUGAAGCCACCAAGAUUCCACUUCUCCUUCGAGAUUGGGCUCCAGAAUUUCUAGAGUACCUUGUCUUGAAAAACUAUGACGUGGAGAAAGUCGAGCAGACAAAAUGAUUGUCCUGCCAACUCCUACUUAACAGUUAUUAACAUCGACUUCAAUGUCAAAACAAUGUUGUUAUAUUUAGAAUAUUUAAAAUACUUUUAAAGCUUGGUUUAACAUACAAAUUGGCUAUAAUAUCACUGUGCAUGACAAAUUUGAGCCCCAGAUGAAACAGCCACAUAACAAUUUAAAAUGGCACUCCAGUUCCCCUGUGUAGCCCCAAAAAAGAGGAAUGCAUAUUAGCUGCAGCUCCAGAUCUGCGGUGCAGCAUCCCCUCCAUGGUCCGUAUUUUGUACAUAUAUUUGACUGUUUGACGCUAAGAAAAUGGGGAGAAAAGGCAACUGCGUAAUGCAUUUACAAGUUCUAAUUUAAAUUGGACGCUUGGCUAUCAUUUCCAUUAAAAUUCAUAUGAUGACUGGGGUAUAUCUUUUAAGGUGCUAGUUAUGUAGAUUAUACUACAAAGCCAUGUAAUUUUCAAUUUCUGAUGUUGAACACCAAAUACUACAUUGUAGUAGCUGGGAUACAAAAAAUGAUCUAUGUCAGAUUUCCCUAGUAACUCUCCCUAAUCAUUAAAUACAGUGAAUAUGUAAAUUAAUAGGAACAGCUGGUGAGAUUUAGUUAAUUAUAUGUAGAAGUGAAAUUUGCUGGAUCUUGUUGUAUACAAAAUUGGUUUUCUAUUUUCUUCUGCAUCAAAGAGAUGAAGUAACUAAUAAGCAGUCUCAUAAAUCAACACAUACAUAAAACAAAAGGCAUUGAAAUCAAAAUUAUUCUCACAAUAUGUGUGAAUAUGUUACUGAUGCUUUUAUUUCCCUGUAUUCUAUUAUAAAGAUCAUGUGUUCACAAACUGAAGGGUAAAACUUUGUAUGGGUAAUAAAAUCAGAGUGGGUAAGCAUACACAUUCUUA